GUGAGAGAGACUCUGGCGUGCUUGACUCCUAGUGCCCGGGUCAACAAGUCGAUUGACCCAAAAACUAUUUUAUAAAAGCCUCUUCAGCAUUGUUCUCUGCAUCCAAUGCUCAAUAUUUUUGCUGCUACAAAAACAACACUUACUUCAAAAUAUGUGGAAUAAUACCAUAACCUCUUCUGUUUAUUCUGUUAUGCUCCUAGCAAUAAGCAUGGCAGCUCUAUUUUUAGAUCCGUCAUCCGCAGAAUCAUCAUCGUCAUCAUUUUCAUCUUCAGUAGAGGCGAAAGCUAUGCUUAAUAGCGGUUGGUGGGGAAACUUUUCUUCAAGAAAUCAUUGCAACUUGGAGGGCAUCACUUGCAAUGGCGCAGGAAGUGUCAUUCAGAUGCGAGGUCAUUAUUUUUAUUAUGGAAAUAAUCUUGCAGACAUGAAUUGGUCUUCCUUGCCAAAUCUUGAAUAUCUUGAUCUCCGUCAGUCUUAUUACUCCUUAACUGGGGGAAUUCCGGGCGAAAUUGCUUAUCUCUCAAAGCUCACCCACCUUGACCUUUCUUUCAACUUUGAUCUUCAAGGUGUUCUGCCUCCUACCUUGGGAAACCUCACCCAAUUAGUCCACCUCGACUUAUCUGAGACUAAUAUCGCAGGUCCAAUUCCUUCAUCUAUUGGAAAUUUGAGAACUCUGACCCAUUUGUAUCUCAAUUCAAUACACCUCAACGGCUCCAUCCCUCUAGAAAUAGGGAACCUAAAGAAUUUGGUCCAGAUGGAUUUGAGUUUCAACAACCUUCGAGGUCCAAUCCCUUCAUCUAUUUGUAAUUUGUCUAGUCUGGCCAAGUUGUUUAUCCAUUCAAAUCAACUCAAGGGUCCCAUCCCUUGGGAAAUAGGUAAGCUAAAGAAUUUGAUUGAGUUGAAUCUAUUUCUUAACAACUUUCAUGGUCCAAUCCCUCCAUCUAUUGGAAAUUUAAGUUCUCUUACCUAUUUGUCUCUCCAUUCAAAUCAACUCAGCGGCUGCAUCCCUCCAGAAAUAGGGAACCUAAAGAGUCUGGUAGAUAUGGAUAUCAGUUUCAACAUCCUAAAUGGUCCCCUCCCUUCAUCUAUUGGAAAUGUGAGUUCUCUAUCCUUUUUGUCUCUCCGUUCAAAUAAACUUGGCGGCUGCAUCCCUUCAGAAAUAGGGAACCUAAAGAGUUUGAGGGUGAUGGAUAUGAGUUCCAACAUCCUUAAUGGUUCAAUCCCUCAUGAAAUUGGUAAGCUGGAGUAUUUGGUUAACCUGAAUAUUUCUCUUAACAAACUUGAUGGUCCAAUCCUUCCAUCUAUUGGAAAUUUAAGUGCUCUUACCUAUUUGUCUCUCCGUUCAAAUCAACUCAGCGGCUGCAUCCCUCCAGAAAUAGGGAACCUAAAGAGUUUGAGGGUGAUGGAUAUGAGUUCCAACAUCCUUAAUGGUUCAAUCCCUUCAUCUAUUGGCUAUUUAUCUAGUCAUUUCUAUUCAAUGAAAAACGGUCCAAUACCUGAUGAAAUAGGGAAUUUGACAAGUUUGUCUGACUUGGAUCUCCGGAUUUACCUCCUCACAGGUCCUGUCCCGGAUAUUAUUUGUGAAUUGAAGAACCUGAAGGUUUUGCAGGUCUCUGAUAAUUUGCUUUGUGGAAAUAUACCAAGGCAGGUAGGAGGACUCUGUAGUUUGGAGUAUUCGGAGUUGGGUAGAAAUAACUUAAUUGGAGCCAUACCCAGCGGACUUACAUAUUUGCCACAACUGCAGUACUUGGAUCUCUCCCACAAUAACCUCUCUGGAAAAAUUCCCGCUUGUCUUUGUUUAUUAACAACUCUCAACUUGUCAUACGACCAUCUCAAGGGUCAAAUCCCAAAUAGAUCUCGAAAUGAUUGUUGUGAGGUUUGCUAUCAUCGAAAAUAUUCCUCCCCUUGUUUAACCCCCAGGGUCAACAAAGAAAAGAGAACAAUGACACUUACUCUUGUCGUUCCUCUCCUUAGCACGAUUUUCCUUUCCUUGCUGGGGAUUUUUGCGUGCUUUUGUUUUUGUAAGACCCAAAAAACCCAAAGUGACGCAAGAGCAACCAAACAUGGGAAUAUUUGCUCCAUAUGGAAUUACGAUGGAGGAAUUGCAUAUGAAGAUAUCAUCAAAGCAACAAAUGAUUUUGACCUCAGAUAUUGCAUUGGAACAGGUGGAUAUGGAAGCGUGUAUAGAGCUCAGUUGCCAAGUGGAAAAGUAGUUGCCUUGAAGAAACUUCAUCGGUUGGAAGCAGAAGACCCUGCGUUCGACCAUUCUUUCAGAAACGAGGUCCAAAUGUUGACAAAUGUACGACACAAAAACAUUGUGAAGCUUUACGGAUUUUGUUUGCACAAGAGAUGCAUGUUCUUGGUGUACGAGUGCAUGGAAAAAGGAAGCUUAUUUUGUGCCUUGAGAUUUGAUGUCGAAGCUUGUGAAAUUGGAUGGAUCCAAAGAGUAAACAUCGUUGAGGGAAUGGCACAUGCUUUAUCCUACUUGCAUCACGAUUGCACUCCUCCAAUUGUUCAUCGAGACAUAUCGAGCAACAACAUUCUUUUGAACUCUCAACAGGAGGCUUUUAUUGCUGACUUCGGAACUGCAAGACUACUGAGUCCUGAUUCAUCCAACCAAACUGUAAUUGCUGGCACUUAUGGAUAUAUUGCACCAGAACUCGCAUAUACCAUGGUUGUGACUGAAAAGUGUGAUGUUUAUAGUUUUGGAGUCGUGGCACUAGAAACAAUCAUGGGGAGGCAUCCUGGAGAGCUCCUAUCGUCCUUGACGUCGCCUCCUAGCGAAAACGUGAUGAUAAUUGAUGUCCUAGAUUCACGCCUUUUGCCUCCAACUAAUCCAAUAGUUGCGGGGGACAUCGUUCUAGUUGCUACAAUGGCAUUUGCAUGUUUAGAUCCUAAGCCCAAGUUGCGACCAUCGAUGCUAAGCCUAUCUCAAGAGCUUCUUUCUCAUCGGAAGGCUCUAGCUGUACCCCUUUGUACAGUAUCGUUGCGGAAUCUGUGGAAUCAGAAAAUGGACUUUGUUCACCAAUCAAAUGAACAAGUGAUCAGUGCCCAAGUUUGACCAAAAGCAUAUCACAUCCUUUUCUGGCCCUUAGUUGUUAUGAUUAUUGUGAAUUUAUUUUAAGAAAAGCUAUAAGGACUAGACCAUUCCUGGUUUGUGUCAGUGAAUUAACCAAACACCUUAUGGUUUAUGGUUCAUGCUUUGUUGUAGGUGUGUUUUUAAAUGAUUGUUGAUUGAUCAUCA